AUGGCGGCGCCAUGCGCGUCGAUCAUCUCGUGCGUCGGGAACCAAACGACUCGGAACUGUACGAUGGCGCUGGCGAGUGCGAAUAUGGAGUCGUCGACCGAGUACACGUCGGCAGUCGCGACACGGCCAACGUCGCAGAUCAACCAGAGUCCGCUGCUGUCGACGACCGCGUCGGUCGCGGCCAGGCGCAUGCUCACACGGUCCUUGGACGCUGCGACGCAAGAGUUGCGUCACGCGAUCGCCGGUUUCAACAUGAACGUCAAGUUUGCAAUCGGGUCGAAUGUCGUCGGCGCACUCCUCAACGUGACGUCGGCCAACUUGACAGAGAGCUUGACCGCCCAAGUGCAGACUAUGUUUGCUGGUAUUGCGACCGUCACGGUCAUCACAGGGAGCAACGCGACGGCGUGGUUCCUCAGUAUUUGGUACGAGGGGUACUAUGGCCCGCCACCGGCGCUCACGAUCUAUGGCUCGCACAACGCCUCACGAUCGACGUAG